UUAUUAACUCAAAAGAAUACAUUAGGUUUCCUUUCAGAAAACAAAAUAAUACAUUAUGGCAGAAAAGAAAACUCAUUCUGAAUUAUUUUGGACCACAGUAUUUGUGUUAAUAGUGUGCAUGGCAACGAUUUCAAUAUUUUCCGGAUACCAUCAUUCCUCGGGAAAGUUAAGGUCAAUGCUGAUUUCCGUGAUUGCGGUGCUUAUGUUUCACUACCUAUUCGGUGAUCCAAUCAGGUUUGCAUUACUCUCACUUGAGGCCUCCAUUUGGCCACCGGGUCAGCGCAAGUUCGCAACGGAAAAGGAAGCCACUCAUCACAAUCGCCUAGAUUAUUUGACGUUGCGAUUGCAAAGCCUACGUGCUCACCUCUAUAUAAUGGAAAGACAUCGUGACGAGAAACUGAAUUGCAAGUAUAAGCAAAUAGCACAUGAUCUGUGGCUUCAUGGAAGCUACUUUGUUUUUGUUGUGUGCUUAGUAUUUGUAGCCUGUGAUGAACAUACGUUUUAUACUAAAAAUAACAUAGAGCGGCUCUUCACUGAUAAUCAUUCUGUUUACUACGGUUUGAAUGAAGUUUACGGUAUAAGCGAUGUGUAUAAAUUCAUUAAUAGCUCGCUGAUAAAUGCAUUUUAUCCUGAAAUUAACCAUACUGGUGUAUCGGUAUGGGUCCACGGCAAGCAAACAAUCCUACUUGGAGCUGUGCGGCUACGCCAAUUGCGACUGACCGAGCAACAUUAUGGUGUUUAUGAACCGGCCUUCUCAGAGCAAUCCUAUAUGCCUGAAUGGAAACUACCAUACCUUGACUUGCCCUAUUCUAAUAUUUAUUGGCGCAUCUACGAGCCAUGGGUUCACAGAAAUCCGAACGUUCGUGAGCACCUAUGGCUGAACUUUCAGCAUGUAGGCUAUUUUCGUAACUACCCCGAACUGAGCGGAUAUGUGGUAUUAUUUGCUCGGAGUCGACAGAAUAGUCUCAAAAUACUGGAAUACCUUCAGAACAACAAAUGGCUCAAUUACAACACCUCCGCGGUAUUUCUGGAUUUUUUACUGUACAAUACUGAUGCAAGCAUAUUGAAUGUAUGCACCUUGCGUAUAGAGCAGACUCCCUUUGGAAGCACGAUCCCUAAUGUGAAAGUUGAGAGCGUGAGACUGCUUGAAAAUAACCAGCUAUCAGAUGUGGCAAUAGUCUUGAUUAUUGUUUACAUCAUUGUGUUUAUACAGUUUUUUAAAGCAUUAACGGUGAAGUUGUGGUUAGAUCCAAGCGAAAUUCGAAGCGUGUGGAAUACAAUAGACGUGGCAAUAUUUCUGCUUAACGUCAUUUUGUUAACUUUGAUUAUCUUACGUAAAGAGAAAGUUGCAUCGAUUCUUAAACAUAUUGAAGGCGCCAGUAAAAUGGAGUUUGUUGAGUUAAGACAUGCAGCUCGUUUGCACAUGCUCAUCAGAAUGAUUAUUGGCUUUCUUAUCUGUAUUACAACGUUGCGUUUGUGGAAGGUGCUUCAAUUCUCCAGUGUCUUUCAACUUUUUACCUUUACACUGCACCUGGCAUGGCCAGCAGUGGCGAGUGUUGCCUUGGUCAUAUUCGUAUUUAUUUUGGGCUUUGGGGUGGCAGUUUCUACAAUAAAUGGCAACAACAGUUUUAACUUUUAUCGGCUUAGCAAGAGUGUCGUAUCUUGCAUGUGCUUCGCAUGUGGAUUUACUUUGGGUGUUAAUCGAGACGAUCUUUUUCAUGGAGGCAAGCUUUUCGGUAUUAUCAUUUUUACAACCUUGGCAUUCGUUAUUUCAGUGAUGUUGAUAAAUGUUUUCGUAUCUCUCAUCAACGACUAUUUUUCCACUGCAAAGGACCAGAGGGAUACACGAUCUGUACGUCGCAUUAGCAUUUUCCAAUUUAUGUAUGCUGAGUGUAUUCCUUAUGUUAUGUGGUGGCAAAAGUUUCGUUUUUUUCGUAAAUAUUAUCACCGUAACAACAAAACCGUUUCUGAAAACAUUAGACGGGAUUUGGAAUUAAUUGGGAAAUACAGGAAAAAUGCGGAGAGUGACAACACAUUUGUUGUCAAGAAAAAAAUAACUCAGUUUGAUUUGACUUUGGAACUGGAGCAAUUUAGGCGGAAACAGGAACGGAUUUAUACAAUUGGAGCUAUAAUCCAUACUCAAAUUGAUAUACUCAACAUAAUUUCGAAUGCGAAUGAAAAUGAAUAAAUCAAUUUAAAAAUAAUGUGUUACUACAAACAUUAUGGGACUUAUAUUCACUUUUACAUAACCACUUCCAGUCGAAUGCGCGACUAGGAAAUUAAAGCUCGGUAUUCCGUAAUCAGUGAUGCUAUUAGCAUUUAAUUCUUAUAUCCUAAUAUAUUAAAUAAUUAGGCUGGCACU